AUGAAAAUCAAGGCUCUGUCGAGGUCUCUCGACGUGCACGCCCCCGCUCGUCAGGGCGAUCCCGCCCCGCUCUCUCGCAACCUCGAUCCGGCGCUCCAUCCCUUCGACAAGCCACGCGAGUACACGCGGGCCGUCAAUGCCGCCAAGCUCGACCGCCUCUUUGCCAAGCCCUUCGUCGGUGCGCUCGAGGGUCACAUCGACGGCAUCUACUCGAUCGCAAAGGACACCAACCGGCUCAACGUCGUAGCAUCGGGAAGUGGCGACGGAGAGAUUCGUCUAUGGGAUCUAGCACGUCAGAAGCCCAUCUACGUCUACCCGCGCGCACACUCGGGUAUCAUCCAGUCCAUCUGCAUCUCGCCCUUGACCUUCAUGUCUCCCACCGGCAACUCGUCGGUCGGGCGCAGGAUGCUCUCGUGCUCCACCGACAGGACGGUCAAGGUCUGGGACGCGGAUCCCCGUCCCGAUGGUCUCGGGCAAGCCACGUUCAACGCCAUGGAAGACGACGACGACGAUGACAAUGACGACAUGGAAUUGACCACCGGCGGCAGCCUCAGGAGGGGUGGCCUUCUCAGCACGCGCGACAAGGAUGUACCCCCCAGCGAACCUCUCACCGUGUACAGCGGCAAGACGGCAUUCAACUCGCUCACCCACCACGCCACCAGCGCCGUCUUCGCCUCGGCCUCGUCCAACAUCCAGACCUGGGACCUCGAACGAGGUGGCUCGUCAGACCCUCUGCUCUCCAUGACUUGGGGUCCCGACGCGAUCAACGUCGUCAGAUUCAACCUCAGCGAACGCGAAGUGCUGGCCAGUGCAGGCAGCGACCGCGGCAUCGUCCUCUACGAUCUGCGCAGCGGAAAGCCGCUCACCAAGAUGAUCAUGCAGAUGCGCGCAAACGACAUCGCAUGGCACCCUACCGAGCCAACCGUGUUCGCGGUCGCGAGCGAAGACCACAAUGUCUACACAUUCGACAUGCGUCACCUCAACUCGGCAACACAGGUUUACAAGGACCACGUUGCGGCGGUCAUGUCGGUCGACUUCUCUCCCACCGGUACCGAGCUGGUCAGCGGCUCCUAUGACCGUACGUUGCGCAUUUGGGAGUACGGCAAGGGCAACCACUCGCGCGACGUCUACCACACCAAGCGCAUGCAGCGCAUCUUCUCCACCUCCUUCUCUAUGGACGCCAGGUUCGUGCUCAGCGGUUCCGACGACGGCAACCUGCGCAUCUGGAAGGCGCGCGCUAGCGAAAAGCUCGGCAUGCUCAGCGGCAAGGAGAUGGCCAGCAGGGAGUAUUCCGAGAGCCUGCGCAAGAAGUGGAGCGGCGUGGGCGAGGUGAGCAAGAUCGAGAAACAGCGACACGUGCCCAAGGCGAUCAAGCAGGCGCAGCGACUCAAGACCACCAUGAUCGACGCAAGAAAGAACAAGGAGGAGAACAGGAGGAAGCAUUCCAAGGCCGGAGAGAAGAAGCCAAAAGCAGCUCGAAAGGAGGCGAUUCUGUCGCAGCGAGACUGA